UCAAAAAAACGCAGAUUCUGGUCGUACAAUCGCAAUCUGUACCUAUUUCGAAAGGUUCAGUGCGUCGUUUGGCAGCCUGUGUGCCGGUGAAAGUCCUCUUCCGUUCAAGGACUUCAUGCGCGCACCCUCUUCGGGCCAUCGACACUGGGGUUGAUGCUGUUGCUGGGCUUUGUCGAUCGCGUGGCUCCCUCUGCAAACCUACGACCGGUACCAACUUGAUUGUCGUUGGGAACAGGACAGUACCAGCGUAUUGCAUUUCCACCUCUUUAACAGCACGACAUCCCCCUCCCGCGCGGGAAUUUGGAAGUUCUCUCGUCAACGAGAAGUCUAUCGCAUCGCUCCAUCGAUUUUCCACCUCUGUUGGAUAUACACCAGCCACGCAAAAGCUACGCCGGAUUCAAGUGGCACCACAACGUCCUCGGAAGAUUUUGCAGCCCCGGCCAAAAUAAUACCAACAAUCUCGAUCCAGCGACCGAAACUGCAUCUCUCUGCCGUCUGACAACUCUCUCGCUCAUCAUCAUCUUGGUAUGGACUAGAUCGACCGCUUCCUUCGAAAAACAGUGCAGAUUGGGAAUUAUCCAGUGGUUCAGGACUGAGACAGGUAUACGGGAGUCAAGGUCAUUGUUACACCACUUCAAGCGGAGUCUUCCUCACAAUCGACGACUUGUCCUGCUUCUUUGUAGAAAGCUGAAUCAGCACUGCUGCUCCUUCUUUCCCAGGCGACUGGCCAUCACAGGGUUUAUCGGAAGCCACGCCCUGGCCGCCCAGAACCUUAUCUUUGAAACGAUCUGUCUCCUCAAUAUUUCUAGGCGUAUUGACUCGUGUGACAUCGAGUCUUGCGGACGGACGUCUGUGCGACAUACUGGUUUAGGCAUGAGCGGUCCUUACGACCAUGGCAUGAACAUGCCAAUGUCAAAUAUGAUGGAUCCGAACUUUACAGUCUAUCCAACGGGCACCUUCAACGGAGGAUUCCCCCAUCCUCGCCUGACUGGGCCUCCGACACACUUUGACGGGGUUGCUUUCUGGUACAAUCCGAACAACGCAGACCAAGUUUACGAUCAAGAAACCAACAUGUAUGGUCCGCGACCGAGUGGUCACCAAGGGUCCAGUACAGAAAGCACGAAUGUUAAACAUCGGAGAACCCGAAGUGGCUGCUUCACUUGCCGCAGCAGAAGAGUCAAGUGCGAUGAAACAAGACCCAUCUGUGAUAGGUGUAGAAAGGGUGGCCGCGAAUGCGAGUUUCCACAACCGACCUCAUCAUCAUCCUCGAAACAUUCCAGGCACGAAAAGACUCGGAGUCCAAAGGAUCAGUCUGGCAAACAAGAACAAAAGGACGAAGCCAUGUCUGGGCUAGCGACGAUCAAGGACGAGAGCGAAGACGACGAAGACAUGCCUGCUUCACCCAAAGGAGGCCGACCGUCUUUGUCCCGCAUGAGAACAGACAGCACUCAAUCCGUCAGGCAGGUCGGCAAACAACCAAAGGUCAAGUCGGACAUGUCCCCAGCGGCCAAAGAUCAUACAAGUCCUUUGUCAACAGACCUGUCGGAUCCACGGUCAAGAGAUGAAACACCCGCCUCGUCGGUCCGCACGACGACGAACUCGGCAGACAUGCAGGCUCGACAAGCCAAAAUCAGAACUUUCAAACCCGAUCUCCAGAAAUAUCUGCAAUUUCAACAGGAGUACAUGACGUAUUAUCACUAUUUUUACAAGCUGGAUCCGACAGACUUUGUGCAUAGCGAGAUGAUCGAUUUAGCCUUGACUUAUGAGCCUCUGCUUUAUGCUGUUGUGGGAUUUGCAGCUUAUCACUAUGAGUUGCAACAACCGAACCCCAAGUUGUCACACUUUCUUAAUUACCACUCCAAGUCGCUAUCGAUGCUCAGAAAAUCCUUGGAAAAGAAUGCCAAAGUCACUCCCGCAACCCUGUUGACCGUGCUACAAUUGGCAACUUUUGAGGAGUAUCUUGGGGACUGGGUCAACCUUGUUGGGCAUCACAAAGCGGCCCACAGUAUGGUGAAAGAAUUGUACACCCACGAUACGAUGAUGGAGACCGAUCUCGGACGACGAAUCUUCAGCUGGUACGCUCGUCUGGACGUGAUUAGUGGACUGAUGGCUGGUAGCGAGACUCGACUCGAUCGGUUGUGGUUCGAGGCAAACUCUAAAUGGUACCACGAUCAGAUAGCGGGUGAUGCGCAAAGCAACGUCGACGUCGAGGAUACAUUGGCGUAUUUUGUGGCCGCAAACCGCCUCCUCGGCAUGGACAUGGCUGCACUUUUUGCCCGCUUCGCAAAGCGAGAGAUCAGCGUGGAAGAAUUCAACCAGGAAAAUGCUACCAUCGUGCAGAGACUCGACGAGAUGAAGCGUCACAUUCAGGCCUUCAACGAUGAAUAUUACAGGGUGAAGGAGUUUCCCGUGGCACAAGAACGACCUCUGACCGAAGAGGACAUUGUCAACCCUUACACGCCAGGCGGGCUCUUCAAAGGCGCUUUGUGGCCGUUGAACUUCAUGUGGCUCGAUUGGUACGGCAUUGAGCUGAUGCAAAAAUCCCAAACCGCACUUCUCCUCCGGCAGCCCAUACCGCCUGAACAGGAAACCGUGAGUUUGGAAGUGUGCCGAAUCUACGAAGCCAUCGAACGGUGGCCGGAAGCCCCGAACGGGGCGGUCCUCGGGAUGCAUGCCAGUUUGGGGAUUGCGCUCGUCUUCCUCAACAAGGACGCCAAACAUACCAUGUGGGCCAGGAGGAAACUUGCCGCGGUCGAGAGACAAGGUUACAUUUUCCCACCUACAUUUCGACGCAAGAUGGCCGAAAUGUGGGGGUUGUCACGCGACCUUGCUAGCGGUGGUGGUGACGACAACGACGAGGUUGAAGAUUGGUGGCUCCCCAACAACGAAGGCAACGUACCGAUGUUGACGGAAAUUCGAAGAGUGGUCAACGAGAGACAAGGGAGUGACACCGUGACGGCGGUAGAGUCACUCACAAACGUCCGAGAUUUGAAGGCAAUUUUUGCAAAGAUGGACAUUCGGACCCAUUCGACCACAGAGAGUGACAUCAACAACUUUAGUCCAUUGAGCGACGAAAGUGCCGAACGAUCGAGUACCAUCAGUACAAGUCCUACCAGCAUCAGUUUUGGUGGAGAUACCAAAGGGGGUGGUGGUGGUAGUAAUCAACGACAGCAGCAGCCGCCGCAGCAACAACAACAACAACAGGGGAUUUUGAAACGAGGGAACUCAUCAUCGUGAGAUGAUGCCGGAAGUUGCCACCACCUGUCCAUCUACAAAGUCAUACAUUAGAACUCUCUCUCUUUUUUACGAAGAGAGAAUUCUGAGAAGUUCACGACCUCAGUUCUAUGUGACGAGUCACGAAAUAUUGAACGACAUGACUAUGAAUGCACGAACGAACGAACGAAAAGAAAAAGCACGAGACAACCUUGUUUAUCUUUUGUUUCCACGCCAAAACAAAAACCCUCGAAUGCCGAUGCCAAUGUCAAUGUCAAAACAAACAAGAAAGUUUUUUGAGUGUGAUAUCCCUUUUCGUAUCUCUUUUGUUUUAUAUCUUACUUUCGUCUCUCUACGGAGGAGUAUGUUUUAGUUACCUUGGUCAAUUAAUGGAAG